AUGAGAGACACAUCGUUUUGCCCUGAAGGAUUAGAGAAAGAAACGUCGUUCCCCAUCAAGGAACGUCGUCCCCGUAAGAUUACUGGCGAAUUUAUUAAGGAUAUUUUAGAAGUAAUCGAAAAGGAAGUUGAUGUAAAGUUGGAGCAGAUAGCUGCCGUGAAGGAGCUUGAGCAAACACUUAAAGCCAAUAAAUACAUGCACAAGGUUGACAAUAUAUUGCCAGAUCUUGAGUCAAAGGAAAAAACACUUUGCUUCUUCGAGAGUUUAGGUGCAUAUUGGCUCAAAGAAGAAAUAAGAUUGUGCAAAAGUCUAUUCUAUUCUAUGAAUUUUGUACUUUUGUCUUUUGGUGUCUUCAACUAA